CAGGCUUACCCAAAAUUCAUUAGCUUAAACAGCGUAGGGAGAGAGUUAAAAUACUCUACUAUCAUCUAUAGACAAUAUAUUUACUAUCAUAAGUCAAAUACUCUUCAUUAUUAAAAUGAUAGCAAUAUUAUUACAUUAAUAUAUGAGAGUAGUAGUCCCUCUGUGCUGAGCACUGGGCGGAACUGUCAUGGGGGACUGUUAUUGUUGAGGGACAGCAGUUAGAAAACGUUACUGUUCUUGGACUUUUGAGAGCUUCUGAGGUGUUUUCGUUAAGUCUUGGUCAUGGAAGGUUCGGAAGUGUAGGUUACCUAUUCAAAAAUAUAACCGAGACGGUGUUGAGUCGGUUAACUUCGAGUUAUGAUAGUUAAUUGAUGAAAAUGUGUAGUGGAAGCUGAAGUUUGGCGGGAAAUGGGGCUGGUGAGUUGUUAGGAGAAUGUCAACAUGGAGGCAUCGUUCGUCACAAGUAUCCUACCAUCCCUGCAGCUGGGUGACCAGAACUUCCCUCGGAGGUUGAGGAGGUGGAGAGGAGGAGGGCGGUGUGGUUCCAGCGGGGACAGUCCCGUUGAGUGGAGCGGCUGCACGGACGGACAUUUUCAUCCUGUAGCCAAACAAAUACAGCGAAAGAAAAGAAGAAAACGAAGAAGAGCAGAAGAAACUUAACGAGCCUUUCUUGUUUGAGGUCAAAGUUCAACAGUCAUCAUGGCGGACGAAUCAGACAUGCGCAAUGAGCUGGCUGACCUGCAGACACGCGCGGACCAGAUAGCUGAUGAGUCUCUGGAGAGCACUCGGCGUAUGCUGGCCCUUGUUGAGGAGAGUAAAGAUGCCGGCAUCAGGACUCUGGUCAUGUUGGAUGAGCAGGGAGAACAACUUGAUCGUGUGGAGGAGGGCAUGAACAAGGUGAACGCAGACCUGAAGGAGGCCGAGAAAGAUUUAAAAGAUAUAGGACAAUGCUGUGGUCUGAUAUGCCCAUGUAUUAAAAAGAUUAAGGGUGGGGGCCAGGCCUGGGGAGCGAACCAGGAUGGAGUGGUGAACAGCCAGCCAGGGGCUCGAGUGGUGGACGAACGUGAACAGAUGGCCAUCAGUGGGGGCUUCAUCCGCAGGGUAACAGAUGACGCCCGGGAGAAUGAGAUGGAUGAGAACCUGGAGCAGGUGGGCGGGAUCAUUGGCAAUCUGCGUCACAUGGCCUUGGACAUGGGCCAGGAGAUCGACACCCAGAACCGCCAGAUCGAUAGGAUCAUGGAGAAGGCUGAUUCCAACAAGACCAGGAUUGAUGAGGCCAACCAGCGUGCUACAAAGAUGUUGGGCAGUGGCUAAACUGCAGUUAAAAAGUGCUUUCAUCCCAUUUAACCCCAUUCACCUGAAAACAACAACACCAACCAAACCCAGCCCCCAACACCAACGCUCAGCGCCCACUUCCUAUGCUCGACAGCCGGCGCUGCAACAUCAUGCUUUUAUUGUGAUAAAACUUGUAGAGGUUUGCACACAUGCACAUAUCAUUCCUCCCUCUGCCCCUGCCCCCCAUCUGGCCCAUCACCUCCAUCGCUUCCCUUGUUGUCAGUGUUGUUCUGUGUUGUUGCUCUUUUGAUUUUGUUAAAAAAAUAAUAGUUCUGUCACACAUCGCCCACUCAAACUCUCUCCACACUGUACAUAGUGCUUCUUAUAUGGCUUCAUUGAUCUAGAGAUCAUUUGUCCUUUUUUCUUCAUCAAUCUUUUUUUAAGCCUGUGUGUAACAUAAACUGUAUGUACACCUUGUUCCAUGAUGUCCUUCACCCAUGUCAGUAUUCUGGUGUUGUCCAUGUAAGACACACUGUGUAUCCAUCAGAUAAGAUGUUGUGAUGCUACAUGAUAAGGCCACAGUGAUUUGCCAUGAAUAUAUCUCUCUCAGCUGGUAACCAAGACCACUGUUUAAACACAAAGUAAUUUCAUGUAAACAUGGAGCCGCUCAGAUCUUCAUAACAUAGCAGAGGAAGGAUACUCAGUUAGUUCUCUGGAAGUAUUUGAGCCAUUUGGAAAAAGGUGGCUUUUAAUCCUGACUGUUAGUGUAUUUUACCAACUCUAUUAAUGCAGCAGUAUUCACACAAUUAGAUGCUAUUGAUUGUUUAGUAUACAUCUUUUCCUCAGGGAGCUAAAUCUGACCAUUCAGAAGUGAAGGGUUAAAUAUUUAAUUGAUUUGUUGUAAUUCUUAAAAAAAUAUUAUCAUUAAGGCUCAGUGUAUGUGCAAAUAUUUGCAUUUGUUUGUUUUCUGAAUGGCUUUGUUGAUGAGACUCUUCAGAUAUCACAGACAUACUGGGCAUAAUGAAAGGAGGUGGAGCUCUGCUGUUGUAAAAGUUACAUGAGGGUCAACAACCUCUCCACAUACCACGCCAGACUGCUUUGCCCAUGAUUCAACACUAGCAAUAUCAAGUAGUGCAUCAAGUGUGUUAUGCAUGUCCGUCCGCUGCUAGAGACACUGAAUAAUUCAUACAUGCAGGCAAAAAUAUCCGUACAUGGCAAGCGCAUGCUACAUAUGUAGGCCACACAGAGAAGAGGCCCAUAUUUAUCUGCAAUAGUGCCACUCUUUUUGUUUCAUGUCUCUUUACCUUUCCAGACUGUGACCAUCACUGUAAAUUAUUACCUUGGGAAAUGCCAAUAAAACCAUCAUAACUGUAGUACCAAACUGA